GCCAAUGGUUACGAGGCCCUCGAGGAGAAGCUCGGCCGUCUCUCCAGGAAGCCCGGCGUCAAGGCCAGCAUCGUCAUAGACCGCGCGACAGGUUCGAUCCUCAAGACGAGCGGAGAGAUUUCGGCGCUGCGGACGUCAAGAUCCCGGAGCGAGGCGGCCGCGGCAACGUUCUCCAACGAGGCCUCCACCGCCGACGACAGCGAGUCCAAGGGUGUGGAGGAGUUUGCCUCCAUGAUCUGGAACUACGUCAACACUUCGGGACAGCUGGCGCAGGAUUUGGACGCAGAGGAUGAGCUGAAGCUAUUGCGCUUCCGAACAAAGAAGCAGGAAAUCGUCAUUGUACCCGACUCCAAGUACCUCCUCACCGUCGUCCACGAUACCCCGCCGGUCUGA